UUUAUUUAUUUUUUUCCCGCCUAAAUCACAUGCAGGCGUCUUGAAUUCAAUUUUUCAUUUAAAAGAAUUGUUUUGAGCGAAAAACUACGGGUUUUCUAAAGAAAAUAAAUAUUACAAAUAGCUUCUUAAGCUUAUAACUAUUAUAAAAAUUUAAUUGUAAAAUGUCUAAUAUCUCAGCUAAAAAAGUUUUCAUUAAAAUAGAAUCCGCUUCAGAACAGCAGGUAAGGUCAGCAAUUGCGUCGCUCGAUUUAUGUUUUGAUGAAAAGGAAAAUCUUAAGAACACAAGAAAAACCUUGAAAGUAUUACAAAACGUCUCUACAGAUAAAGAAAAUUUGGCCGGUCGGCCUAUAUUGGACAAAAUAAGUCGAUUAAAAGCAGCUUCUGAACUAAUAAACAGUACGGCAGAAACGGCAAAAAGAAAGAAAAUCGAUACCCGAUCAACACAAACAUCACCAGGAAAAAAAUCGGUAACCGUUGAAGACUUGACUGAAACUGAUGCACCAUCAAGUACAUAUUGGGAAUUGCUAGCCGAAAAACGACGAGAAGCACUCGAAGCUACAUUAGUUGAAAACCAACAUUUGCAUGAGCGCAUCGAAGGACUGGAAAGUGAACUGAAUACAUCUCGAAAAAUGCUAGAAGAAACCAAAAAUCUUGUCGAAGUUCUUACAGAAAUGCUAAAUGAAAAUGAAGCGGAAAAAGAAAUCGAGCAUGAUUUGGAGGACCACAAUAACACUGAAUCGGAAUCAGACGAACCUAGUACAUCAAAAGUUGCAACAGAUAAAAGUACACAAUUGUGAAAGUUUCUAAAGAAAAAUGUAUUUUCCUUCUUUUUUUUUGAUUUCCUUAAUCCAAUAAUGAAAAGGUUUUCUUUUUGUUUCUAAUUUAAUUAAUAUGUUUUUAAUAGUAUUUUUUUAUAAUAAACGAUCGACAUAAUGUUAAAUGCUCGAAAAUAAAUACACAAAUGUGUUUGGCUUAAAAUUAAAUUAAUUAUUUUCUAAAAUGGAUCGGUUUAAUGAACCUCAUCAUUUUAAACUUAAAUCGUCAAUUGAAUGUUAUCCUUUUGGAGUCGUUCUAAGGCAUAUGAAAAAAAAAAACUUUAAAUAACUUAUUGAAGU